AGGCGCAGGCUGGUGCCGACCUGCGGGCACGGUCUGCAGGCGCUGGUGCUGAGCUGGUGAGCGGCGGUGCUGCGCUGGCCACGCCGUCCAGAACUCCGUGGUGCUGGGCGCGGAGCACCGCAGAACAGUGAAAACCGCUGGCUUCGGUCACUGCUGACGUUCGACAGGACCGUUUCAGCCGGAAGGACGCCUCCGAGGACCCGUGUGUCGGGACGGCCCUGGUUGUCAAGCAGCGGGUAACCCCAGCAGUUGCAAUCGUGCACCUUGGAGUCUGCUGGAUCCCGUUAAGCCAGUGACCGGCCUCUCAGUAGGCACCGGCGCCCGCUGCGCUGUGAACCCGCGUCCGCGCAGCCGCCGUCUGCCUCUGAGUCGCAGCUGUCCGCCAUGACUCCCCGCCUGCUGGCCGUCCUGACCCUCGUUCAGGUGGUGCUCCCGGAGCCGGCGUGGCUGGCGACAGGACCACUGACUCUGGCGCAACUUGCAGCGGGUCAGCUGUCGAGCACUGAUCUGACUGAGGGUCAGCUGACGGAGGGUCAGCUGAUGGAGAGUCAGCUGGCGAGCAGCCCGGAGUCGGAGAGCCAGGCGUCAGCGAAUCACCUGACUCUGCAGCAGCUUGCAGCGGGUCAGCUGUCGAGCGCUGAUCUGACAGAGAAUCAGCUGACGGGAAGCCACCUAACGGAGAGUCAGCUGACGGAGAGCCAGCUGACGGAGAACCAGCCGACGGAGAGUCAGCUGACGGAGAGCCAGCUGACGGAGAACCAGCCGACGGAGAGCCAGCUGAUGGGCAGCCUUGAGUCGGAGAGCCAGGCGUCAGCGGGUCAAACGACGGGAGACGGGCGGCCGGGGGACGGGGCGGCGCCGGCCGCCGAGCCGUUCCGAGUGUUCUGGAACGUGCCGUCAGCCCCGUGUACCCAGCAUUUCGGCGUCGACCUCAACCCCGGACAGUACGGCUUCACGGUGAACGCCGGCGAGAAGUUCGCUGGGGAGCAGAUCGCUCUGCUCUACUCUCCAGGUUUGUUUCCGAAUAUUCUGAAGAACGGCUCGGAAGCGAAUGGCGGCCUGCCGCAGGUGGGGUCGCUAGACGUCCACCUGAAGCGGUUCCAGGAGGACCUGGAACGAUCCGUGCCAGACGUCAACUUCAGCGGCGUGGGGGUGAUUGACUUCGAGGGCUGGACGCCCUGGUUCGCCGCGCUGGCGAGUCCACUCAAGCAGGCGGCGCUACAGCUGGUGCGGCGGCAGCACCCGCAAUGGACGGACACCCGCGUCGCCGAACAGGCUCGGGAGGACUUUGAGUGGUGGGCUCGCCUGUUCCUUCAGCGGACGCUGGAGGCGGCCGAGCGUGCCCGGCCGGCCGCCGCCUGGGGCUACUACCAGUAUCCGCUCUGCGGGAACCUGCACAUCCCCAACGGCACCUGUCCGCAGUCAUGGCGCGACAAAAACGACCGGCUGUCGUGGCUCCUGAGCUCCAGCAGCGCCCUGUACCCGUCCGUGUACCUGUUCCGGAACGGGUUUACGGACGCUGACCGGCGCGCCACGGUGAGGGGCCGCCUAGACGAGGCCCUGCGGCUAGCAGCCGGGGUCCCCGUCUACACGUACACCUGGUUCCAGUACCACGACGAUCCCAGUUAUCUGUCUGAGGAGGACCUGCUGUCCAUGCUGGGCCAGGUGCGCACCCGUGGUCUGCCCGGCGCCGUCAUGUGGGGCUCCCACCACAACUGCGACUCGGCCGCCCAGUGUCAACGGCUGGACGCCUACCUGCGCGAGCGCCUGGGUCCGCUCGUGCGCCGCCUGGUGGCACUAACGCCGGCUGAGGUGCACACGUGGCGCCGCCUGUUGGCCAGCCAACGCGGCCGACGCCUGCUGCGGAAUGCGCUCAAGUGGGAGGGUCCGGAGAGGGGCGACGGGCUUGGGGGAGAGUGGUGAGCAGCGUCGGGUCGCCGGCGAGAGGAGGCGAUACGCUCGAGAGGGGACGUUGAGGGUGGGAGGAGUCUUCUCUCGACAGAGGUUUGGGAUAGCGAUGGAUAAUUAUCAUAGAUACUUCGCUGGGACGACCAGGGCAGAAAAAAAGCAUGCUAUAUCUUACGACCUUCGAAAAGACCAUCGAAAUUUAGGCAGAUCAUGGACGAUGUUGGUUAACUGAGCUUCAGAAGUUCAGCACCGCUGGUAUUAGAAGGCGUGCGUCUUCAGUCCUUCAGUCCAAUCGCCAGUUCAGGGCGGCAGAGGGCAGACCGCCCCUUGGACCAUCUCCGCCAGGGGCGAGCCGAGCCUUUGACGGGCAGGGGGCGCCAGCUGUCAGGGACCGAAGACUGCGGGACGGCGCAAGGCCAGCCAUGACCCUGCGCCCCGACCCAGGAGCGGCCCGGGGACGAGCGAACUCCGCGCCCCACGCGGGGACAGCGAACGUGAAGCUGUCUGCCUGGGUCGUUCCUGCUCACUUCGGUAUCUGACCGCACGUUAUUCGACCGCUGCGCCAAUCCGGCUUACUGCACCGCUUACAGCUGUCUAUUUGUUUAUGACUGACGUGCAGAGGCGCCUGGUCGACCUGCAGCCGCGGCGCCCCGGCUACAGGAUAGUUUAGAGAUAGCAUCAGACAUCUGCGCGGACUGCUGCCGUCGAUGUAUCCGGUCCACGCUGGAAUCGAUUCAAUAACCGAAACUGAUGCUACUCGAUAAACCAUGUGUGUCGAGCUGCGUGAGGAGUUCUAACACGGAGAAC